AUGAAGAGAACCAAGGUCGCCGCCGUGGUUCAUAAGUCGGCCGCCGCCGGAAUGUGGACAGGCAUAGGCAUUCGCGGGUGUGAUGCUGCUGGGGUUUUGGGACUUCUUCCGGAGCAAAAGCUUACAGCUGUUAUACGAAUGUUGGCGUAUGGAGCAUUUGCUGAUCAGGUGGAUGAGGUUGCCCAGAUGGGGAAGUCAACUACGUUGGAGGCUUUGGUAAGAUUUUGUGUUGCAGUUGAAACUCUGUACACUAGGGACUACCUGCGUAGACCUACGCCUAGGGACCUCCAACGGCUUCUACAAAAAGCCGAAGCUCGAGGAUUUCCAGGAAUGAUUGGCAGCAUCGACUGCAUCCAAAAAAGUAUCAUCCUUGAAGCCGUUGCUGGCUUUGACACAUGGGUUUGGCAUGCCUUCUUUGGAGUUGCUGGAUCCCAAAAUGACCUCAACGUGCUGGGUCAAUCCCCGGUCUUCAACGAGGUUUUGAGAGGCCAAGGCCCCAAUAUCACCUAUCAAGUCAACAAUACAGUCUACCAGACGGGGUAUUAUCUAGCUGACGGCAUCUACCCGAGGUGGACCAUAUUUGUCAAAUUCAUUCCGAAUCCUCGAUCCCAGAAGCAAAAAUUAUUUGCUACUUAUUAA